AUGUAUUCCGAGAAGCUAGCAAGCUUCAACCUUAGGUUGUUCACCAUCGCCGACACCACGACUCUAGAUGAUAGCAGUCCGCCGUUACCAGUGUUGUCCAUACGAUUCAAAGAUCGCCCGUCGCACGAAGGCCAGGCGUUUUUACCUUCUUGUUUGAUCAAAGAUUUAUUUUGGGGUCCAUUACCGGAGACUGAUUUCAACUUCGCACUGUUCCUAGACCCAGCUGCGCCACCAGAUUCUCGACACUCUAUCUGUUCAUUAAUUGCACAGUGCUUUCGUAGUAAUUCCCGUGUUAAGGGUGGAUAUGCAGGCACCGAUGUACCAGUAGAUUUUGUGUUAUUCUUAUUGUCUUGUGGUUGA